AUGAUCAUCCUUUUCAACUGGCGCAUCCCUUUCGCGAGUCGUUAUGAAUUUCCACAACCCGAGGAGGACGAGGUGAAGAGUGUCGCCGCCGGACCGGCACGCGCUCAGCAACAGGUGAUCGUUCUCUUGGGCGGCGAGGCUCACGAUUCGUUUGUGACUCUCGAGGACUCGGGGUUGAAGGCGCAGAAUCGCGUGGGCCCUCCUGCCGCCUGUGAUCUGAAACAGGAAACCUGCGCUGUGGUGAACUGGUUUGGCUGCGCCGCCGAGUGCUCUGCCGCUCAGAUCUGUGGCUCUCAGGGGGGUCAACUAUGA